AGGGGACAAAAUAACAUAUCAUUUGUGAAUAAGCUCAAGGUUUUAUCCAGCUUUGACAUACAACAUUUCUUUUUUUCUCCCAAGAGUGAGUAAAUUCGAAAGUAAUAAUUCGUCCCUCCUAAACUUGAUAAUCUCAUAGCUUCCUCAAUUGCUUCACUGAACUUGUUCUAAAAGUUAAGGUUUUGGAAUAUGGACGUUAACCAGCCGAGAGAGAUGUAUCCAGGGAUGUGGCGGUAUCCUAUGAAUCCCGAGUUUUGUUGUAUCUACAGAGUCCCGAACCGUCUACGUGAAGUAAACCCAGAACCCUACACGCCUCAACUAGUCCUCAUUGGACCUCUUCACCAUUCAGUAAAAUCUCAAGCUCUCAAGGCUCUUUAUCUUGGAGAUGAUAUCACAUACACAAAGUCAAUGGCCUACUUAGACAUGGAAGAGCAUAAGAAGACUUACCUAGCAGAAUUCGCAGCAAGGAUUGAAGGGGAAACCACCAUCGAUGAAUUAAGAAGAAUGAUCAAAGAAGAGGAAGAGACAAUCAGGGCAAGCUAUCAAGAAUCAACAGCAUGGAUUCAAUCCCCAGAAUUCGUGGAGAUGGUCCUCCACGACUCUGUUUUCAUUAUAGAGUUCAUACUGAGGUUUAGCGGAGUAGUAGAUAAGAAUGGAGAUCCUCUCCUGGCCGGUCUAUCUCUUGGAAUCACAGUCUAUUAUGAUCUCAUCUUGCUCGAGAACCAGCUUCCUUUUUUUAUCCUUGAGAAACUCUUCAAUCCAAUUGUCACAAGAAUCUGGCCGCACCUUACAUUCCGGGACCUAAUCAUCAUCUUCUUCGGAUUCCAAGGUAAAAUCCGAAGGAGUUCCAAAUUUAAACAUUUCACUGAUUUGAUCAGGUGUGUUCGCGUGGAGACACUUCCUAACCUUGAUGUUUGGAAAUCGAAAUCCAAACCCAUAAAGCAUAUGUAUAAUGCGGAUAAGCUAGAUAGUGGGGGAGUAAAAUUUAAGGCAGUAGGAGAUGAGUUAUCGUUAUGUGUGAGCUUCAAGAAUGGUUGUUUGAAGAUUCCUUGUCUGACGGUUGAUGACAGCCUUGAGAUGAAACUAAGAAACAUAAUGGCUCUUGAGCAGUGCCAUUACCCUAACAACGCCCGCGUAUGUAGCUACGCCUUAUUCCUAGAUUAUCUAAUUGACACUGAUAAAGACGUUGACUUGCUUCUCGAGAAAGGAAUACUAAAAAGUUGGAUUAGGCAACCCGCUAAAGUUGCGCAGAUGGUGAACAAGCUCGUGACAGGCAUCGUAGAUACUGGUUCUUACUAUCAUGACAUAGCGGGUGAAGUGAACGAGUACUAUAGAAACCUUGUGAAUAGGUCAAAGGCCAUCCUCAAACGUGUGUAUUUUGGUAACCCGUGGACAGGGACAGCCACCAUUGCAGCUACGUUUCUAUUAGUGAUGACACUUAUCCAGACUUGGGCAUCAAUCGUUCAGGUUAAGGAGAACGAACCUUAGAGAUGCAAUAUCUCUAUCUCUAGAUCGUUUCCACUUUCCAACUUUGUCGUGGGUACUACGUUAUUUCUACAAUCUUGCAGAUUAAUAAUAUUCUUCUUCUGUAUUUUCUACCUCUCUUUUAUGUUAGUUAAUCUGUAUCCUGAAGCUAUUAUGACA